AGUGUACAAGUCACCUUUUACCCGAAUAUUGAUCUCUAAAACCAUAAAUAUUCACUUAUCUUAUAUGGCUUACAAAAUCGACCAUAUGUACAACAUAAGCUGACACGGUGAAAAUAUGUUACAAUAGGUACCAGAAUACCAUCUCAGAGGUCGAUCGAGCCAAAUCUGACCAGAUCGAGCUACAGCUACUGUACGAACAGUUUGAUAUAGUCUCACGCUGAACUGUCAUUAAAACUAAAUAAUGUUUAUUAGACUACAUUGAAAAAGAAAAAAUUAUAUUUUAAGUACCAGAGUAAUAACGAAAAGAGUGGCUUGUGUUAUUAGUAAAAUGUCUGGGAUAAAUUUAGUUUUCACCCGAAACGUAUCAACGAGCUGUGUACGUCAUGGAAAACGUAAUUUUCGUAAGUUUGACCUAAUCAACAAACGAGGUAGCUACGAGUUUAAGAAGGCGCAGGUGAAAAACCCAGACCCGAAGUACCCUAUUGAUGAUCGUGGGACAAGAAAAAUAGGGUAUUUUAAAGGUGACAAAUUUAUAGCCAUCCCAGAAAUGAUUCCAGAACUGAUUGUACCCAACUUGGAGGGUUUCAAGCUCAAGCCGUAUGUUUCUUACAAAUCAGAAGAUGUUUACCAAGAGCCAUUCACAGCAAAAGACUUGUUUAUGGCUAUCUAUGCAUCAAAAAUCAAAGAUGAUUUUGACAAAGGCAAAUUAACACCAGAAGGUGAACCUCUUGAGCCUAAUGAAGCAGAAAAGCUAACACCAAAGGAGGCCAGGGACUUGGCUUCUAAACCUGGUUCUGAUAUGUUUGUUGCUCCACCAGCACCCUUGGGUACAAUUUAUAAUCAUGAUAUUAAACGAUAAAAUAUUUUUUGCUGCAUAAAGAAUUUAACAAGACUUAAGCAAGCAUUGUUUUUCAUUUUGAUGUUGAUAAAAAAAAUGUAUUCUGA